CAGUUCUCCAGCCCAGGCAGGAGAGAGAAAGAGAGAGAGAGACAUGGGAAAAUUGUAAUAAAACUGUAAAAAACUAUCAAGUGAUAACUCCUCAAAGGCUUAAAAAGAGGAGUUCUGGUGUUGACUCUCAGUUAACAUUGUCUGUCCCACGGUCACCACACUCCUCCCUGUCCUCCAGCCCCAAUGAGACAUGUCGUCAACUCCCGUCCCCGUGAUGGGAACAAUAACAACGCCGUCGUCGUCGUCGUCGUCAGUUACAUCCUCAGCUGCACCUGGCGCCAACGGGCCGCUGCAGAAUGGGGCGGACGGCGACGGUCAAAUGGCGACGACGACGCCACAGUUCCACACACCCUUCCCCUCGAUGCAGCAUUUACGUGAAGAAAUGUUUCUGCCAGGGGAUCCCAUAUUUCAAAACUCAGAGGUGGACGAGCUUCGCACCAGAAUGGAGUCAGAGUCGUCGACUGACCCUGUGACAUCACUACUCAGACCAAAUCGUGGUGUUCACACCAUGGAACAGAAGAGUGGUAGUUAUAAUAAAAUUCCCUUCGUCAGGGGGAACAAAGUGAUAAAAAAGCGGAUACUCGGGAGAAGAAAGAAAGAAUUGAAUAGUCUACUUUGUGACCUGGCGAAAGAGUUGUUGACUCAGUAUACUUACACCGCUCUGUUAUCCGAUGACCAUGCGAGGAUAGGCAGUGGUGGUAGUGAUGGUGUGUCCUCGGUGUUUCCUCCAACUUCCGAACAUAGCAAUUCAGUGAGAACUUGUGUCGAAGCGAUGAAUUCACUUUCUUUCCGUCCGUUUAGAACAUUUCUGAAAGAGCAUGACCACACUACUCCCCUCUUGAACGAGGACACUUUAAGGAAAUUGUUGUUUUUCGAUGAUGAUCUGUCACGCAUAACUCAUGUACCUGAACCAUGUCUGGUUGCAGAUGGAAUAACUAUUACAUCAUCGUCAGCUGUUCGCCUUGUACCGUCCAGGAUGCCUAUGAAUCCAUUGAGUGACAGGCGAUUCCUACCGGUCGAUAGUUUAAAAUUGGAGAUGAAUCAGGAAUUCAAUCAGAAAGCAGCCUCAUUCGACCAAACUUUGAAGAUGUUAUCUGAUAUUGAACAGAAGAAAAAGAAAAUCUCAGCUAAACCACCUAAAAAGUAUUCCGAGAAGAUGAAAGCUGAAGCAUCCAUCAUUCAGAGGAUUCAGGAGCUACAAAAAGAAGGGAUGUGGUAUGAUAAGAGACUACCAAAGUUGAAAGAACCAGAACGUGUGAAGUUGCACCGAGAUUACCUCAUUGAGGAGGCCCUCUGGAUGCAAAUCGAUUUUCAACAGGAAAGAAAGUGGAAACAAAUCGCAGCGAAAAAAAUUUCUAAAGCUAUUAGACGUCAUUUCAAACAAAAGCAGCUGGCUGCUGAAAGAGCAUUGAAAGAAGACGAGAUUCGCAAACGAAGAAUGUGUUCCUUCAUUGCUCGAGAAAUCCAGAAAUUUUGGGGCAAUGUCAAGAAAGUUAUUGAACUUCAGGAGCAAAGCAAAAUUGAGGAUCUGAAGAAGAAAGCCCUUGAUCAGCAAUUAAGCUUUAUUGUUGAUCAGACUGAAAAGUACUCAGGCUUGUUGGCUGAAAAAUUUCAGUCUGUUCUCAAACGAGAACGAGACGUCGACUUGAGUAAUAAUGCCGACGUAGAAUCUCUUCCAAAUUCAUCCCCCAAUUCGGAUGAUGAAUUUCAGCCAAGGAGUGGGUCUGAGGACGACGAGGAAACAAUUGCCAAGGCAGAGUCCGAAGCCAAGUCUUCAGAAAUUAAUAAAGAGGUUAAAUUGUUAGAAAUGGAGUCCUUGAUGGAGAUGGACGAUUUCUUGGAUGUACUUCCCAAGGGAUAUCUCGAAUCUAGAAUGCGAGAAAUUGAGACUGACACCAAAAAACCUGGACCUUCUACUUCGUCACGAUCGGCAAAUGCUGUGGUAGAUCAAUCUGCUACUGAAGAUGAUGAAUUCACUCUACCAAGUGAUUCAGAGUCGGAUGAAGAGGACACUAUUGAUAGAGAGGAGGCUAUCGAAGAACGUGAGGGAGGAGAUCACCAGAAAGAAAUUGACGAAUUGAAUGCAGAUGCUGAACUGAGCUUAGAAGAAAUCAAAGCGAAAUAUCAAUAUAAAAACGUUGACCCAGACGAAUCUGCAUCAAUGGGGUCAAUAGUGUCCGACACUUCAACAGGAAUCGAAUCUGAAUCCGAAACUCCCGAAGAUGAGGAGGAGGAAGAAGAAGAUGCUGAUGAUUCAACUACUGAAGACAUGACAGUUUCUGAGGAGGAGACUCCUUCCGACACUCCUGACACUGCUGAUAUGGUCCAAGAGGAUGAAAACGACAGUGGUCUAGCAUCACUGUUGCAAACGUUUGCCCCAGAACGAGCUGCAGACGUUGAUGAUGAAGACGCCCUGAAUAGCGUAGCAGCACUUGCUGAAUCAUUUCAACCGAAAGGUUAUACUUUGUCUUCCACAACCGUCGUCACCAAGAUCCCAUUCUUGAUCAAACAUACUUUGCGGGAGUAUCAACAUAUCGGCUUGGACUGGUUGGUGACUAUGUGCGAUAAGAAGCUCAAUGGAAUUCUUGCGGAUGAGAUGGGAUUAGGAAAAACUAUACAAACCAUUGCUCUUCUUGCUCACCUUGCUUGUGAAAAGGGGAACUGGGGGCCUCAUCUAAUUGUCGUUCCUACCUCAGUUAUGCUCAAUUGGGAGAUGGAGUUUAAGAAGUGGUGUCCAGGUUUUAAAAUACUCACAUACUACGGCUCUCAGAAGGAAAGAAAGUUGAAACGAACUGGGUGGACGAAACAAAAUAGUUUUCAUGUUUGUAUUACCUCUUACAAGCUCGUCAUUCAAGAUCAUCAAAGUUUUCGCAGAAAAAGGUGGAAGUAUCUGAUUUUAGACGAAGCUCAAAAUAUAAAAAAUUUCAAAUCUCAACGGUGGCAGUUACUCUUGAACUUUAAUGCACAAAGGCGGCUGCUGUUAACUGGGACACCUUUGCAAAAUAAUUUAAUGGAGCUGUGGUCUCUAAUGCAUUUUCUAAUGCCAAAUGUCUUCCAAUCUCAUCGAGAGUUUCGUGACUGGUUUUCAAACCCAGUUUCUGGAAUGGUGGAGGGGAGUGCAGAGUAUAACGACAAUAUAAUUCGUCGGUUGCACAAGGUUUUGCGCCCCUUUAUUCUUCGGAGAUUGAAAAGUGAAGUUGAGAAACAAUUACCCAAAAAGUAUGAGCAUUUAGUGAUGUGUCGAUUAUCAAAACGUCAACGAUACCUUUAUGAAGAAUUCAUGUCGCGAACUAGAACUAAAGAUACUUUAAAUUCUGGCAACCUUCUCAGUGUGAUAAACAUAUUGAUGCAACUUCGAAAAGUGUGUAAUCAUCCUAAUCUUUUUGAGCCCCGACCUGUGAUUUCACCGAUGCAAAGUGAUGGUGUUGUUUAUUAUAUUCCUUCAAUGGUUUGGAAUAUAUUGGACGAGCUUCUCGAAUCUAAACCGAGCUACCCUGUCUUUCAUAUGACUGAAGCGGAUUUGUACUUUUCAAAAGAGGAAGCUUGGAGGAUUCAAAACCUUGCUCCACAUGCAGAUUCACAAGUAACUUUAUCUACGAAUAGCAGAUCUCGCGAUAGGGCAACUGGUUUGGAUAAUGGUUACGCAAAUGUUUGCACACUUAAGAACAUGUCCAAGAUACAAAUCUUUAACAAUUUCGAUAUUGGACCACCACGAAAACGGCCAAAAUUGUCCUUCAUUGACGCUUUGGAUACCCCAUUUCCUCCUCCAAUGCCUCGACUUAAUUCUCCCAUCCCAUUCUUCCUGUCUGUCAUUGACCCAGCUACGAAUGGGCUCCUGGAUGACUCAGAGUUUGUAGAUUAUGUUGGACAGAGAUCUCACAAGACCAAGAUAGGCACGGUGCUCAACGCUCCAUUGUUCAACGGCGAACUGGAGUUUGUAAAGCCUAAGAUCGACAACGGUGGUAAAAUCAUAACAACUGAAUUAAACCACAUUACUGAUGCCGUUGAACUACCAACUCCAGACUCGUCGAUUAUUGCUGACCCUGAGAAAAACAGCGAGGAGGAUGAUGAAAUGGACGAGUCAUCAAUGGACGAAGAGGUGUCAGAAGACAGUGACGGUGAGAUUGUGAUACCCAAGAAGAAAAUGAAACUCGCUCUAACAAUAAAAAAGAAUGGAACUGAUGGAAUAUUAGCUAUGGGUAUCAACCCCACAGAAUUUCAAUUGCCUGAAAUCCAAGAACGAAGUAUCAUCAACAGAAGAGUAGUUGUUUCUAAACUAGAAAGGAUCAACCGCUUCCGAUGUGAAAUCAAUCCAGUUUAUGGACAGUCCACACUUGAACAUCUUGAGAUAUUCCCAUCUCGUCUUCAAGAUCGUCGACAGAGAUGUGCUUUUAAAUUGCAAGAAUCCCCAAAACAUAGAGGAUUUGAAUUGGGAUACGGCGAAGUGGAACGCGUGGUUCGAGCCAAACUUCGAAAUGAACUUCCUCCUAUACCUAAUCAUCCAUAUUUACUCGGGGAGAAUACGAAAACGUUAUGCGACAUGAUUCCCACUUUAGAAGAACGCCUCGAAAUAAUGAAACCAAUUCUUAGUCGAUAUGUGAUAUACAUACCAUCUGUAACGGCUCCAUUAACCCAAAGUAAAGUAUUCAGACCAGCACCUUCACGCUACUUUAAAGAGCUAUUCAUGGAGAGGGAAAUGAAAGAUGUACUACAAAAACCUUGUGAGCUGAUACAUCCAAUUGUAUCAUGUAUGUCGACCCAAUUUCCCGAUCCCAGACUUAUUCAAUACGACUGUGGGAAACUUCAGACUUUGGAUCGGUUAUUACGACAGCUCAAACUUGGCAGCCACAGAGUACUUAUUUUUACCCAGAUGGCUAGGAUGCUGGAUGUGCUCGAAGCCUUCCUCAAUUAUCAUGGACACAUCUACCUUCGACUGGAUGGAGCCACACGUAUCGACCAGAGACAGCUUUUAAUGGAGCGAUUCAACACCGACAAGCGUAUCUUCUGUUUCAUCCUUUCCACUCGCUCAGGAGGUGUUGGAGUUAAUUUAACUGGAGCAGACACGGUCAUUUUUUACGACAGUGAUUGGAAUCCAACAAUGGAUGCCCAGGCCCAAGAUCGUUGUCACAGAAUCGGGCAAACUCGAGACGUGCACAUUUACAGACUUGUAAGCGAGAAAACAGUAGAGGAAAAUAUCUUGAAAAAGUCUAAUCAAAAGAGAAUGUUGGGAGAAAUUGCUAUUGAAGGAGCCAGUUUUAACACUGCUUUCUUUACAAAGAAUACUAUCCACGACUUAUUUACGGUUGACCAUCAAGAGAAUGAUCCUCGAAAAAGACUGGCUGAGUUGGCAUCUGGCAGUUUGAGUUAUCAAGAUACAUUGAAAUUGGAGGAAGGAGACGAUAUUCGUCCUACUGGACCUACUCAUAUGAUUACAUCUGACGAUUCGUCUGAAGAUAAAAAUGCGAUACAAAUUUUGGAAAAUGCUCUAUUAACAGCCGAGGACGACAUCGAUGUUCAAGCUUCACAAACUGUCCGAGCAGAAGCGGCGGCAGAACUUGCAGAAUUCGAUGAAACAAUUUCUCUUGAUGAACUCGAUUCUAAUCCUCAAGCAACUGUGACGGAGGCACCUAAAUCCGAGAUUGAAGAGAUUUUUGAACAGCUCAACCCGGUGGAGAUGUAUGCUAUCCGAUGGAUGGAGAACUGUAUGGAAGAUUGGGCGAGCGAGACUUACGCCAAUGCUGAAAAAGACAUUGAGAAACAGAAGCAAGAGUGGGAAGAUGCUCAACAGCGUCAUUUGCAAGAACUUGAAAUGGCUGAGCAGGAAAAUGACGAGGACGACUCUGAAGAGGAGGAGGAAGAUAUGGUUACUUACCUAUCUAUAGACGCUAAGAAUAAGGUGUGGAUAGCUCAAAAUUCCAAGAAUGAGAUCAUUAUGCCGAUUUGGUGUCCACCAACUCCUCCGGAGGAUGUAGGCGACGUAUAUAUUGAGAAGGUCGCUAGCUAUUUGUACAAGCAAGAGGUUAUCCCCGAAUUUCAGCUGCCACCUAUUCACGUGCCUCCUAAACAUCCGAAAAAGCAGAGCCCAGCUAGUAUCCUUUCCAGCAAGGCAAGCUAUGAGCGCUCCGGCGAGUUUCCAAUGGAUAUUGGCGAGAUGGAAGAGUCCUUCAGCAAAAAGUCCCCGUCCAAAGUGGCACGUCGGGAUGAACCAAUUUUUGCCCCUCGAUCCCUCUUUGAUCGACCAUCCCCUGCCCUUGCUAAGCUCAGAAGAGAUUAUCGGCUUCAAAAGUAUAGUUGCAGACCAACUGCUCCUGCCGCUGUUAAAAAUGUUCUGGGUCCUGGCUCUGUCACUUUUCCCAUUAUUCCUUCUCCAAGCGCUAAACCUCCUCCAGCUCCUCCAGCAGACAUGGCAGAAUGGAUGGUGGCAGAAGAUUAUGCACUAUUGCAGACUAUUCAAAGUCUUUUGGAACUCCCAUUGUCACUGCUUGUGGUAAACCUGGCUCAGACCCCAAAUUGGGAGUUGGCAGCAGAAAUCGUAAACAUGACCUCCAGGACGUAUCGAACUGCGAAGCAUUGCAAGUGGAGAUAUGAAAAUAUUGUUGGUCCACGAGAAGAAGGGAAGCUGCUUUAUGAUUCACCCUGUUUAUCCCCAACGUCUCCCACCAAAAAGAGCAAGAAAGCAAAAACUUUCAUUAAAAUUACUCCUCCCUCACCUUCAAAGGCUGCCCGAUAUUUGAAAACAAGUCAAUUGGUUGCACAAGAUAAUAACUCCCAGCUCACUAAUUUUUUCCUUCAAAAAUUUGAGACCAUCAAAAGCACGUCUAUUAAAAAAGCCCCCGUGGCAAAGGUAGUGAGUGGGACUCCCAUGAUUAAAACUAGCAACAAUAAACAGGCAGCGAUAUUUUCCGAACAUGGUAUUAACUAUGACUCCCCCAUGUUGGCUACAUCAAUUGCUCAGUCUCGGAUAGAAAGACUGACUCUAGAAAGAAAGAAGAUAUUGCAGCAGCAACAAGUCCAAACAGGGUCACAAGCACAGGGGACGACUGCUCAUUCUGUGAGCUCGCAGUCACCAACUAUUAGCAUGGCUUUAGCUGGCAGCAGCCAACCCGCUAGUCCGAUAGGAUCGCCGACUCCUGUUACACCAAUGACCGAGUCUUCUAAACUAACCAGAGCUACUUUCCCCCCUUCUGUAUCCACUGCUUCCGGUCUCGUACCACUGGUUCUUGGGACAAGUACAGGGGAAGUUAUUGCGAGAACCAAUGUGACUGGGUCAACACUAGCAGCAGGACAAAAACGUCAACUAACAACUCUUACGCCGCAACAACAACAACAGUAUUUACUCCAGCAAAAAUUACAGCAACAGCAACAACAGCAGCAACAGCAAUCUCAAAUCCAGCAAGCGUUGUCCAGUCCGGUCCAGACACAUCAAGUCAUAGUUUCUCAGCCCACGGCAAGUCUUCAAGUGGCACAAGGUGUGAUGGCUUCACAACAGGUUCAGGGUCAAAUUUUAAGAACUACUCAGGCCCUUCAACAAACCCAAACCGUAGUACUUCCACCUGGAUUGGCGCAAGCGCUGGGUGCUGCUGUAGGAGCAACGGUUACCGUAUCAUCAAGUGGAACUAUGUCUAUUGCGACUACAGGGAUUUCGACGGCGACUGCAUCAGCGCUGUCGAAAAAUAUCGCGACAAUUAAUCAGCAACACCUCCAACGGAUGACUUCUGUUGGACUGCAGGACAUUAUAUCGCCUGGUGUCACCCACCAAGGGACUCUUAUGUCAUUAACACCUGUGCAAUCGCCUCAACUAACCACAAAGUUGAUUCAAGGGACUCAAGGACUAGCUACAUUUGCCCAAGCUCCUCCUAGGGCAACCAGCGGAACAAUAUUGAAUGCAUCUCCUGCACAAGCUCCAACAGCGUCUCAACAACAAGCGCAGCAAAUGAAGGAACAAGCCCAUUUGCAGCAGCUCAAGAGGAUCCAAGUCGUCACCUCAGGGUCACAGUCACCUGGAACAGGCACUCAAACAGCGUCAGGUUUGGCGUUACAAGGUGUAACGCUGGUACAAACCAGUCCUGUCUUUACUCAAGCAACGGCGGCGUCAGGAUUAACAGCAUCGACGCUGACUGCGGCACAAAAAGCCCCUAUGAUGACAUUGGCCAGCGCUCCAAUGGGAACAGUAGCUACGGUUGUGAAUCAAGGCAGCCCUCGACAAGUUCAAUUACUGAAGCAGCAAACCAUUGGAGGAAAAACUGUAACUCGCACGGUGUCGGACGCGGAGAUGGCAGUGCUCCUCAAGCAGCAUGGACUUGGUCAACCGGCCCGAUUUGCCGUCUCAUCUGGAGGUCAACCCAUGACGCAAUCUCCACAGAAAACGCAAGUAGCAUUUCCUAUGGCUACGACGCACACCUUAUUGACAUCGAUGGGUCUCCAGAAUGUGGUGAAACUACAGCCGUCGAAUGCAACAGGCCAGCAAAUGGCAACCUUUGUAAAAACAACCGGAGCUGGAGGACAGCAACACGGUGGGGCCUUAGCUUUCCCAUUGCAGUUAUCACAGGUUAAAACAGUCAACAAGUUGGGAGGGAAUGCCCAAAAGCAACAGCAAACUGUGGCGCAGCAGAUUCAACAUCUCAGCCCCUUUCAACAGCAAAUCCUCCUCCAGCGCCAGAAGCAGCAACAGCAACAGCAGCAGCAACAAAUGCUGCAAGCCAAUACUGCGAGCAAAAUAGCUCAGUUAGGACAGCAGGCACCAACCCAGCUAAUUGCAGUGCAAGCGAGUCCAAAGCAACUACAGUCUGGGGUUUCUGUACCACAAUUUCAGCAAGUUUUUAAACAGGUGUCAUCUCCUGGACAAGUGAUUUCGUCUGGUGGUCAGUUAAUUCACGCCAACGUGCUGACUAAGCCUAUGACAUUGCAAAAUGUUACCACCUCCACUGGAACAACGCAAAUAAUUUCUGCCUCCACGACCCCGUCGUCCAUAAUAUCCGUACCAUCAGCUAACUAUGCCACUCCGCAACAAGGGGUUACUCAUGCCAGGUUGAUCUCUGUGAACCAAUCGUCGCCAAUUGGAGUUAAGCAACCUGGACUUCUUGGUAACCUUGCACGGCCAGCGAUGCCUACAACAACGCAUAUGUCCCCCACCAUUCAACUUUUAGGUUCAUCUAAGAGUGACUCACAGAUACGUAUACAAGGAGGGACCUUGACGACACUGUCGACGUCUCCCAUGUCUGUGCCGCCAAGUAUCACUCCAGUGGUGUCGGAUGCAGCUUCCAGUUCAUCACCACAGGCAGUAGGGACCCCUAUUAAAAUCAGCCAGCCCAAUGCUAGCGUAGUACCUACUCCGCCGCCGACUCCGACAACAACGACAACAACAUAGCGACUGGUUUUAACAUGCCACUUGAAAAUUUUGACUAGUUUUUACUUUAACCCUUUUCAACCACUUCCCCACUCUCAUAAUUAAUGAUCAUCCAUAUUUUCCUCACAUACUGCUGGCGGCUUGUGGUACAAUUAAGUUAAAACCAUCUUGGAAUCUCGUGUUGAUAGCGCUGUAGCAUCAUCUUCAACAUUACACUCAACUUUUCUGGACCAUUACAUUAACAACUACGAUGGAAAGCAUCAAUAAUUUUACCUGUCGUGCAUACAGCCGGCUCGGAAAGCUUUCACCAAUAGCCCAAAAUAAUCUUCACCCCCGAAGAAUUUCGAUAAAGUGGAAUCCACACCUUUAAUAGCCAAUUCAAGAUGCUGGGUCACCUUCAGUUCUGUCUCUUCAUCUGUAGCACUGUAUAUUUCUGAUGUAACUCCUUUCUCCCCCGAUGAGAUACUGAAUGCAGAUAUGUCGUCGAGAUCAGGAAUGAAACGACACCCUCCUGCCAAAUAAUGCAGUCCACCAGAUCGGACUAGUCGUACAAACCUGUAAAAUUAACAAACAACAAUUAUCAUCAUAAUCUUGCCGACGACAGAACUAAGAAGCAAAUUACAUAUAUUAUAUAAUUUGGUGGCCGUUGAUGAAACGCUUAUUAGGAAUUAAGGAUUUGGUAUUUAAUGACGUAGAUAUAAUAGAAUUUUGUAUAUUUGUAGUAUACGAUUAACAAGCCUAAGAUUAAUUUUAUUGGACAACUACGGUUAACAUGUUAAGUAGAGAAUGGUGACGGUUAUAAUUGUGUAUGUACGUAUAUGAAUGACACACACCAACAUUAAGUUGUAGUAAAGUUAAUGUUAACACUGUAUGGAAAAAUUUUGGUACAAAUCCUUGUGAAAAGGACACUUUUGUAAUGAAAUGCUUCAUUUAACGUAUUUUUAAAAUCAAACAGGUAUUCACUUUACAUGCCACACUAAGAAUCGUAAUCAUGCAUAAUUGAUGAUUUUAGUUUAAAAUAAAGUCAACCCAGUCAACCCUUACUAAAUUUA